AUGCCUCAACCGGAGUUGCCGCGGCCUGCACAUCUUGAUCACGAUUCUAUGCUUUCACGAAAAUUUGGCAAAGAAGUUGUGCAAGGCUCACCGUUGAAUCGAGUUUCUUUCCUUCGAGGCGAUCAUUCCUUCCUGAAACAAGCCUUCGAUCAUGGCACUACCCAGUUCAUGGUCUUUAGAAACCUCUCACCCCUCGUCAAGUCUCCCUCCGAAAUCGCAUACGCAAAGCAGAAUGACCUCAAGCCAAUUCUUCCCAGCAAUCCAUACGACAAGACAGAAGAACAGAUUGUCAAGGAAUUCAACUCGUCGACUUCCACCCCUCAAUUGGUUUUCUUGGGACUCGAUGAAAGCCAAAGGGAUGGAUUGCAGCACAAGAAUUACAUCGGAGCUCCACAGUUUGCUGUUGACAUCACCCCAAAAGAUUCAUAUGAGAAAGAAGCGAGAGGAAUCAUUGCAGAAAUGGAGAAGCAAGGGUUGACCUUCAUCGAAGGCAUGAGGGCAAUGAACUUUCCAGCAAACACUGCUGCAAUAUAUGCAAUGGGAAGAGCAUUCCUCGAUUGGAAUGCACGAAAUCCGUAUUGCGGAACUUGCGGCCAACCAACUUUGUCUGUCAAUGGGGGCGCAAAGCGAAUCUGUCCACCAAUAGAUUUCGCAACCUUACCUGGGACCAUCGGUAGUACGACUUCGGCGACUCCCGCUUCACCUCGAGAGCGACCUCCCUGUUCCACUCGAACCACUCUUUCAAACCUCACAUUUCCUCGCACCGAUCCUACCAUCAUCGUUGCCGUCAUUAGCCAUGAUAGCAGGCGGUUAUUGCUCGGUCGACAGAAAAAAUGGCCACCAUAUUGGUACUCCACCUUAGCAGGCUUUGUGGAGCCUGCCGAGUCUGUGGAAGAUGCUGUGCGCCGCGAAGUAUGGGAGGAAAGCGGUGUGGUCCUCUCCAGGGUCGUGAUACAUUCUACUCAACCCUGGCCGUACCCGGCAAAUCUGAUGAUUGGCGCUAUCGCUCAAGUAGCAAGUGCUGAGGAUGAAAAGAUCAAGCUCGACAACGAUCCCGAACUUGAGACAGCAAAAUGGUUUGAGUUGGAUGAGGUGGAAGAAGCGCUGAGAGUGGGUACAGGUGGGUUGGAUGACCCCGCCAACGAAGGCUACAAGGAAGGAAACCUGAGAUUGCCACCCAGGACUGCCAUUGCCAAUCAGCUCGUAAGAGCGGUGGUAGAGGGUGGAUUCCUGGCCGGAGUUACCCCUUCAAAGAUCUGA